CGCAGGGUCUUGACAGCAGUCUGAUCUGAAGAUGGCCCUCCGCGUGCUGUGCGCCAGCCUCAGCCUUCUCCGCCUGGUGUGGUGUCUCCUGCCGCAGACAGGCUAUGUGCACCCAGAUGAGUUCUUCCAGUCACCCGAGGUCAUGGCAGAGGACAUCCUGGGCGUGGAGGCUGCGCGGCCUUGGGAAUUCGACCCCAGCCGCUCCUGCCGCACGGUGCUCUUCCCGCUGCUGACCUCCGGCUCCGCCUUCUGGCUGCUCAGGCUCUGGGAGCAGUGGGGGCCGGGGCGGGGCCCGGUGAGUGGCUACGUGCUGCUGGUGGGGCCCCGACUCCUCCUCACCGCCCUCUCCUUUGCCCUGGACGUGGCCGUGUACCACCUGGCCCCGCUGUGGGGGGCGGAGCGCUGGAACGCCCUGGUCCUGCUGUCCGGCUCCUACGUCACCCUGGUCUUCUACACGAGGACCUUCUCCAACGCCAUCGAGGGACUGCUCUUUGCAGGGCUGCUGGUGGUGGUGUCCCCCCGGUUGGCUUGGAGCCCCACCCCCAGGAAGCCUGCCCCGGGCCCGUGGGGGCACAGCUGGCUGCUGGGGGGCAUCGUGGCUGCUGGCUUCUUCAACCGGCCCACGUUUCUGGCCUUUGCUCUGGUCCCGCUCUUCCUCUGGAGCAGCCGCGGGGCAGCGCACCCCGGCUUCAAGUCGCUAGCGAAGGAAACGCUGGCGCUGCUCCCCGGAGCGAGCCUCGUGGCGGCGGUGUUCGUGGCUGUGGACAGCUGGUAUUUCUCCAGUCCCUCUAGAUCCAGCACCCUCGUUCUUACGCCUGCCAACUUCUUGUACUACAACCUGGAUCCUCAGAACCUGGCGAGGCAUGGCACACAUUUGCGGCUCACUCACCUGGCCGUCAACGGUUUCCUGCUCUUUGGGAUGCUGCAUGCCCAGGCCCUGCAGGCGGCGUGGCUACAGCUGCAAGCCUGCCGCCGGGCCUUUGCACAGAUGGGCUUCCUGAGGGCUCUGGGGCACGGGAGCCUGCUCUCUGGCCCCAGGUCUUGCCUCCUGCUCCUCUACUUCACGCCUCUGGCCCUGCUUUCUGCCUUUAGCCACCAGGAGGCUCGGUUCCUGAUCCCCCUCCUAGUCCCCCUGGUCCUGCUUUGUAGUCCACAGACCCAGCCUGUGCCCUGCAAGGGCCCCCUCGUCCUCUUCAAUGUCCUGGGCGCCCUCUUCUUUGGCUGCUUGCACCAGGGGGGCCUAGUGCCCGGCCUGGGGCACCUGGAGCAGGUGGUUCAUGCCCCGGCGCCCCCCAGCCUACCCACCCACUACACACUCCUCUUCACCCACACCUACAUGCCCCCCAGGCACCUUCUCCACCUCCCAGGCCUGGGCUCGCCCGUGGAGGUGGUGGACCUGGCUGGGACUGAGGACUGGGUCCUGUGCCGAGCUCUGAACAACUUCACCAGGCAACCAGCCUGCCAGGUGGCUGGUGGGCCGUGGCUCUGCCGCCUCUUUGUGGUAACCCCAGGCACCGCCAGGCCUGCCAUGGAGAAGUGCCACUUCCCUCUCAAGAGUGAGACGCUCCUGUUUCCCCACUUGACCCUGGAAGACCCACCAGCCCUGUCUUCUCUGCUGAGUGGGGCUUGGAGGAACCAUCUCAGCCUUCACAUCUUGGAACUGGGGGAGAAGCCUGGCAAUGUGACCAAAAAGCCACCGCCCAUGAGUCGGCCAUAGGUGAGGGCACCACUGCACCUUCUGUGUGGGUAGCUGGGCUGGAACAGAGCCCUGAUGCUCUUCCAUUCCUUUC